AUGAAAUUCGGCGAACAUCUGAAGAGCUCCCUUAUCCGGGACUACAACUUCUACUACAUCUCCUACGAUGAGUUGAAGGGUGAAUUGAAGAGUGGGUUGCAACAGAAUGGCAAUGUCUGGACCGAUGAGCUGGAGGAGAAGUUCCUCACGAGCCUGGAGGCGGAGCUGGAUAAGGUGUACACCUUCCAAAAGGUGAAGAGACAGGAGAUUGUGAGAAGAAUCAAGGAUGCUGAGCACUCUGUGACGGAGGUGCUGGCGAUGCUUGAGUCUGGUGCGCCUCCUUUUGAGCAGGACUUUGAGGACCUGGAGGAGGAGCUGAGUGAUGUGAUUGCUGACGUGCACGACCUGGCCAAAUUCACAAGACUGAACUACACCGGGUUCCAAAAGAUCAUCAAGAAGCACGAUAAGCAGACCAGUUGGACAUUGAAGCCAAUCUUUCAAGUGCGUCUGGAUGCUAAGCCGUUCUUUAAGGACAACUACGACCCGAUGAUUGUCAAGCUCUCUGGGCUGUACGACCUGGUUAGAACAAGGGGUAACCCAGUCAAGGGAGAUUCAGCUGCUGGUGGAUCUCAACAGAACUUUGUCCGUCAAACUACAAAGUACUGGGUUCAUCCAGAUAACAUCACGGAGCUGAAGCUCAUCAUCCUGAAGCACUUGCCAGUGCUGGUCUUCAAUGCCAACAAGGACUUUGAAGUGGAAGACUCCGCCAUCACCUCGAUCUACUACGAUAACGAGAACAUGGACUUGUACUACGGAAGACUGAGAAAGGACGAAGGUGCAGAGGCACACAGAUUGAGAUGGUAUGGUGGCAUGUCAUCAGACACCAUCUUUGUCGAAAGAAAGACCCAUAGAGAGGACUGGACUGGUGAAAACUCUGUCAAGGCCAGAUUCCCAUUGAAGGAGAGACACGUCAAUGCCUUCAUGAAGGGUGAAUACACAGUUCCACAAGCGUUUGAAAAGAUGAGAAAAGAUGGUAAGAAGUCCUUGAAGGAGAUCGAAGGCUUGGAGGCCUUGGCUACUGAAGUCCAGUACACCAUGUUGAAGAAGAGAUUGAGACCUGUGAUGAGAUCCUUCUACAACAGAACUGCGUUCCAGUUGCCUGGUGAUGCAAGAGUUCGUAUCUCUCUUGAUACUGAGCUGACCAUGGUUAGAGAGGAUAACUUUGACGGUGUUGAUAGAACAAAGGGUAACUGGAGAAGAAUGGACAUUGGUGUUGACUGGCCAUUCUCUCAAUUGCCUCCAAAGGACGUCGAAAGAUUCCCAUACGCUGUUCUUGAGGUCAAACUACAGACUCAAAUGGGCCAGGAACCACCACAAUGGGUCAGAGACUUGAUCUCUUCCCAUCUUGUUGAGGCCGUGCCAAAGUUCUCCAAGUUCAUCCAUGGUUGUGCUUCUCUCCUGCCAGAACGUGUUGAUCUAAUUCCGUUCUGGUUACCUCAGAUGGGCGUCGAUAUUAGAAAGCCUGUGCUCUCCAACGAAAUCGGUAUUCAUAGAAACGUGGACUCCAACAACAACACUUCGAGUGGUGAAUACAUGGACGAAGAAGAGGCAAUUGGCACAGGCGUUGGCUCUUCCACCCAGUUUGGUGCCAUUGGCGAGUCCUCUCAGCAGGGCACUCAGCCAAACACGCAGGGUGUUUCAGAGAGCUCUCCGCUAUUGAGCAGCGGAGGGAACGGCGCCACCACCAGACUAAGCAGCUCCAACCCUGUUGUUGCUUGGUACAACAGCGCAGUGGCAUCGAUAGAAGACUUCUUCACUGAUGAAAACACCUACAAGGUGUCGAAGGAUACCAUCUUUGAGUCCAGGUUUAAGGCACCACCGGGCAAGAAGAUUUGCGUCCCAGUCAGAGUCGAGCCAAAGGUGUACUUUGCAACAGAGAGAACCUACCUGAGUUGGAUCUCCAUCGCGCUUAUCCUCAGCGCAACAACAACAACUCUGCUCUCCUACGGCGACCGCGUCUCGCUAGCCGCCUCCGUUGGCUUCUACCUCACCACCGUCGGCACCAUCGUCUAUGCUUCCGUCAUGUACAUGUGGAGAGUCAUCAACAUCAGGGCCAAGGUUGCCGCCAACUACGACGACAAAUACGGCCCGACAUUGAUCUGCUCAGCAUUGGCUCUGUCAGUGUUUGCAACCUUCCUCUUUAGGGUCCUUUGA